CUGUGUUAAUUAGAGCCCAAAUCAAAAUCAAUGCGCCCGUGGACGCGAACGACUCGAGAUCGUGUGCGCGUGAAUGCGGAUCGAGUAGUUGGUAGCUAGUUUAUCAAAUUCGAACCCUUGAUAUAAUAAAAAUAAAGGUGCGCGAGAAUACGUGAAUUGCGAUUUUUGGCCCGUGAACGAAUCACGAGCAAAGCGGAUAAACAAAAGCCAUAAAAAACAGAUUCGCACGAGAAUCAUCGCAAAAGUCUGUGCGCAUAAAUUACGCUCCCCAAUUGGAAUUGGAAAAGUCUGGUUUUCGGCGAGCAUCCGCAUCCGCGAUGGACGACGAGUUUAAGCUGUGCUGGAAGAACUUCCAGGACAACAUAGCCAGCGGCUUCCAGAAUUUGUACGACCGCGGCGACCUGGUGGACGUGACCCUCGCCUGCGAUGGAAAGCUCCUCCAUGCCCACAAGAUAGUGCUGGCUAUCUGCAGCCCCUACUUCCAGGAGAUAUUCACUACCAAUCCCUGCAAGCAUCCCAUCAUAAUACUCAAGGAUGUGAGUUUCAACAUUAUGAUGGAGCUACUGGAGUUUAUGUACCAAGGAGUGGUUAAUGUUAAGCACACGGAGUUGCAGUCGUUCAUGAAAAUUGGACAGCUGCUGCAGAUCAAGGGCUUGGCUACCAAUUCGAAUUCCUCGCCAGGAUCGAGUGUCUCGGAGAAGUCCUCUAGUCAGCCACCGGCAGAAGAAUCAAGCAACACCAACAGCACCAAUCAUCACAACUCUAGCACUAAUAGCAAUAACAAUAGCAAAUCGGAAACGGAUCACAAUGAGUCCAAAGGCCAGAGCAAUUCAAGAACCACUUCGCCAGGUGGUGCCAGCAGAGCCUCCAACGAUGCCAGCCACCUGUACACAUCGAACAAACGUCCGAUGCCGUCGGAUUUUGGCAGCGAUUCCCUGUCCAUUUACUCCGGCAAGCAGUUGAGACGCUCCCUCAAGGAUCACGGUUCCGGCGGAAGCGAAGGCGGCGGAGGCGAUCACGCGGAUACCGCAGCCGGAUUGGACAACAGCAUGAAUUCAGAGGAGUUCUUCUUGCCACCCAUUCCACAAAUCACGAUGGGAGAACAGCGCUACGAUCUCGGAGGUCUGAAACGGGAAUCGGAUGGUCACCACCACGGUCCCUUGUCGGCUGGCGGAGGAAAUUCGGGCAGCGUUGGCAGCCUCACCUCCUCGGCCUCACCGUCUGCACCCAUCCGUAAUCCCUUUGCCCCGAACUUCAUGGACAGCUUCAACUACUACAAGGGCGGCAACAGCAGUGGUCCCAGCGGUAGUUCCAAUAACUCGGUUGGCCCAGGUGGCGUCAAUAACAAUGGCUCCGUGGGCCUUGGCUCCGGCGCCGAGUACCCCAACGAACUGUAUAUGCCCAACGAUUACUCCAAGAGCUUUGCCAACCACAUGGACAUUCCCUCAAGCGGCAGCAACAUGGUGAUGCUGUCCACCACCUCUCUGCUCCACGGCAACUGCGUGUUCAACCGGAACAACACGGUGGCCACGCAGCAGGGCAUGAAGACCUACUGGCUGUGCAAGUCGUACCGGAUCAGCAUGUGCCGGGCGCGGUGCAUCACCCACUUGGGCAGGAUCAUAUCCGCCACGGGCGUCCACAAUCAUACGCCGCACAUGCGCGGUGGUCAGGGAUCUUCGGCGCCCUCCACAGCGUCAGUUUCCGGAAAUCCAGCCCCGACGCCCAUUUCCAGCCAAGCGGGUUACUCUCUGACGGAUGGAGGUGGCCAUUUGGGUCCGGAUUUGCAGCAUGGCAAUCGAGUGACCAACAUGUUUGCCAAUCAAACGCCGCCACCGCCGCCGCCACCACCGCCACUACCAGUGGCAUCAACGCCGCACCACCCGCAUCAUCACCAUCACUUGGGACAACCGUUGCCCAAUCUUUUGGUGCAGCACCAUCCGGCGCCAUCGCACAUGGAGCAGCAUGGCAGCUCGGCGAGCCUCUUGCAUAAUCCAAAUCUGAUGCACCUGCAGACCCCGACGCACCACCACCAACAACAACACCACCAGCAGCAUUCGCCACACAAUCCACCGCCUCCGCAGCAGCACAAUCUGGAGCUGGGAGGUGGCUCGGGAUCGGGAGCAGUGCUUCUCUCGCCGGCGCAUCUUCAGCAAAGUCCGCAAUCGAAUCGGAGCAGUCAUUCCCUCCAGGCGCAGAGUCCACCUCCACAGUCAGUGGAGGAACAGCAGCCACACCAGCAGCAGCAGCAGCAGCAAGAAGGAGCCACCACUGAGGUUACCACGGAUCCCAGCACGGCUCACGUGAUCAACUCCAUCACCAUAUCCCCGAACACCAGGCACACCUUCAAGAUGGAGAACAUGUAAGGCUGUCGCCGGGGAAUCUCCCCACAUCGCACUGCCUCAAAAGCGGAUGAGUAAUUUAUUUUUGCCUAGCUAGAGUUUUUAGUAGAAAAUUGAAUUUGAUUCGACCGAAGGAGAGAUGAGAUAGUAAUGUAAAUACCCGUACCAAUGUCCAUAAUGUAUUUGAUAAACUAAUGCGAAACGAUAAACC